UAGAUUAUGUUUUUGAAUAUAAAGACAGCUUCGUUUAUUGCUUCCUUUUCUUCUGCAACCUUAAUAUAUAUAUGUCGAACAACAUCAGUGCUGUGGUAGUAGCAAUCAUUAUCUCUUUCUUACCAUUAAUCUUACUUCUCAACCAACUUCGAAGGUUGUGGGACUCCGUUGACUUUGGCUCAAGAUCCCAACCUGAAAACAGGCCUUCUCAACAUGAAACUCAAACACAAAUAAUAUUGAAGCUUGUUAUAGAUAAGAAUAGGAAACAAGUUGUGUUUGUGGAGUGCGACAAUGAAUUUGUGGAUGUGCUGCUUAGCUUUCUAACAUUACCAAUGGGAACAAUUAUAAGGGUUGCUGAUAAUAAGAAAUCUGGAAUUGGAUCUAUGGAUAAAUUGUAUAAGAGUGUAGAGGCUAUGAAUCGAAAGUGUUUUUGGACCAAAGCUUGCAAGAGCAUGUUGCUUGAACCUAGAAGCGCUUAUGGGUUGCGUUUGAAUAACUUAGCUGUAAAGAUUGAUGGAAUAGAUUACACAAAAUUCUACACUUGCUCAAAAACUCCAUGCUUGAACUACGAGUCCUUGGCUUUUGUUAGUUUUUUAAGGAACUCAAUUUGUGCUUGUGGAAAAACAAUGGACAAUUACCUUCGAAUGAAGUAUGCAGAUGGAAAUGAUUAUGGGAGUUUCAUUAGUAGAGCAAAAAGGUUUAUUAUAAGUGAUGAUUUGCAAGUACUACCAGCAUCAAUAUCUAAUGCUCGUUUGUUGUUUCUAAGACAAGGAAUCACAGACAAUAACAGUGUCGAUGAGUGGAAGAUUAAUGUUGGUAUCCAAGAGGUUUUGCAGCUACUUCAUCGGUCACUACUCUCCAAGACACCCUUCACAGAUGCUUUUCUACCAAAGGCUCAUCAGAACAUGGAUAUCAUUCUCUCGCCGAACUCAUCACUUCACACGUCUUGGCUUUACCAAUAUCUGCUGCUGAACAAUAGUUCCAGCUCUCAACAGGAGAUGAAUGUGAAACUAUGGUUUAGCAAGUCAACCAAGAGGGUAAUAUGCAUUGAAGCAGAAGAAGAUUUCGUAGAUUUUCUGUUCUCCUUCCUCACCAUUCCCUUAGGUUCUGUCAUCAAGCUAUUCAAAGGGAAUUCCUUAUUGGGAAGCAUAGAUAACUUGUACAAGAGUGUACAAGAAAGUAAUGCUAUAUCCACAAGAUGUAAGGAGAUGCUUCUUAGUCCUAAGAUUGAACGCAUGUUUGGUUGUGAAAGCCAAUUGCUUGAAGUGAAUGAAGAGGUGACUCCAGCGGAGUUUGCUUACAACAAGUGCUAUGCUUGUUGUUUGCAAAACAAAACUGCAUGCUGUCACACUCAAAAUCAGAGAUUGAAAAUAAUGAACCCCAAAUGUCCAGGCAGUACAAAAACGGGUGGUGGUUUCGUUAGAGAACAAGGGUGCUAUUUGGUCACUGAUAGUCUUGAAGUAGAACUCCUUUCACCAGCAUCUGGCAUGAGCAGACUUGAGAUUCCCUUUUCAGACUUGGAGGAGCUGCCCAUAGCAGUUGGAAGAGAAGAGGCUUUAGCUAUUCUCAAAGCAGCUAUGACCACUCGAAGUGUUCUCACUCAAGCUUUUAGCCCAAUAGUGAACAACUUCAGUAAUCUGUAUUUGAAUAAUUAUUCGAGGGUGUGAUUGUGUCCAGUAAAUACUCGGUUCUGGAUUGACUUGUUUGGAGCGACGACUAAUAGAGUUUAUUUGCUUGUUCGGCGUUGCCAAUACUAUGUCUAUUUAAGUUUAUAUGGCUAUUUUUAAAAAAAAAGCUAAUUAACAUGAUAGGUAUAUGUUUUGUAGUUAAGUAGAAAAUGUUACCACUACAAAAAUCAGGGCCUAUACCGAGAACAAAUGUCCUCGGUAUAAGCCGAAAUGUCCUCGGUAUAUCUUAUACCGAGACAAUGUCGUCGGUAUAAAGUUGUCGGUACAGCCGCGUCGGUAAAACAAAACGUCUACCGACGACAUUCAAAAUGUUCUCGGUAUACGUUUUACCGAGGAUAAUGUCCUCGGUAGAAAGUGACAAAUGUCCUCGGUACAACAAACCUCAAUUUCUCAUCGUACUGGUAUAUACCGACAUC